AUGGGCUUCACUGUCUUUGUAAGUGCGAUUGGGUCUCAGCCGGAGGUUACCGCUGAUGUGCAGUACAACUCUCCACUCCUCCUCUGCCCAUGGACAAAAAAUGAGGUGCUUCUCGCAAUAAUGUGGACACUCGAGUGUAGUUUGCGUGACCCGUGUGGAAGCCGUCGUCGUGCUUCGUGGAUACAUCGAUACGUUACGAGCACCAAACUUCACCUGCCCUUUAUGGCCACAGGUCUGGCUCGGUGGAGUUGGCUGAAACGCUGGCUGCGGCGUUUGAUGUCCCUGGCUGAGAUGACUUUGUUCGCUCGAAUGUCGUGUGCGUUGCUUAUUGCUCUUGAACUUGAACUGGUGGAGAGUGAAGGUGGCUGGAGCGUGCUGCCGCGUGGCACGGGGGCCCAAUGUUGCUGCUGGACAUCCUCAACGAGCAGGGCACGGCGGCGACGAGGCGGGGGACGCGAGGGAAGACGUAUCACACAAACAGAUAUGAAGGUGGGUUGCGCGGCUUCGAUGAGCGUAUCUAGGCUGAGGCUGCAGAGGCGUCUAUGGAAGCUUUUCUCAAUGAGCAGCCGACGUGUGUGA